UCGCCCUCCUCCUACCAGCGCGGGCGGCGGCGGCGGCGGCGGCACCGGGGUCACGAACUCUGACCUUUCACUGACAAAAACAAUAACAAACGCCCCCUUCCCCGCGCCCCCAGCGGCCCCCCCAGCCCCGCCCCCGCCACCCCCGCCCCCACCUCGGCGUCUCGUCUCUCUCCCGCUGCCCCGUGAGCCCGCGGCCCGGGGCUCCCGCCAUCUGCCAACGCCGGGAGCCCGGCCUCCCCGCGCCUUGCCCUCCGCGCCGGGGGCGCCCGCCGCAGACACGGGACCUGCUUCGAGGCCACUUUGGCGCCAAAUCCUGAGGUACCACGUACACAGACCUCUCAGCCGGAAUCUCCAGGGAUGACCAGCCCCUCCCCGCGCAUCCAGAUAAUCUCCACCGACUCUGCGGUAGCCUCACCUCAGCGCAUUCAGAUUGUGACAGACCAGCAGACAGGACAGAAGAUCCAGAUAGUUACCGCAGUGGACGCCUCUGGAUCCCCCAAGCAGCAGUUCAUCCUGACCAGCCCAGAUGGAGCUGGAACUGGGAAGGUGAUCCUGGCUUCCCCGGAGACAUCCAGUGCCAAGCAACUCAUAUUCACCACCUCGGACAACCUUGUCCCUGGCAGGAUCCAGAUUGUCACGGACUCUGCCUCUGUGGAGCGUUUGCUGGGGAAAGCCGAUGUCCAGCGGCCCCAGGUGGUAGAGUAUUGUGUGGUCUGUGGUGACAAAGCCUCUGGCCGUCAUUAUGGGGCUGUCAGUUGUGAAGGUUGCAAAGGUUUCUUCAAAAGGAGUGUAAGGAAAAAUUUGACCUAUAGCUGCCGGAGCAACCAAGACUGCAUCAUCAAUAAACACCACCGGAACCGCUGUCAGUUUUGCCGGCUGAAAAAAUGCUUAGAGAUGGGCAUGAAAAUGGAAUCUGUACAAAGUGAACGGAAGCCUUUUGAUGUGCAACGGGAGAAACCAAGUAAUUGUGCUGCUUCAACUGAGAAAAUUUAUAUCCGGAAGGACCUGAGAAGUCCUCUGAUAGCCACUCCCACGUUUGUGGCAGAUAAAGAUGGAACAAGACAAACGGGUCUUCUUGAUCCAGGGAUGCUUGUGAACAUCCAGCAGCCUUUGAUACGUGAGGAUGAUACGGUUCUCCUGGCCACGGAUUCCAAGGCUGAAACAAGCCAGGGAGCUCUGGGCACACUGGCAAAUGUGGUAACCUCCCUUGCCAACCUAAGUGAAUCCCUUAACAAUGGUGAUACUUCAGAAAUGCAACCGGAGGACCAGUCUGCAAGUGAGAUUACUCGGGCAUUUGAUACCUUAGCUAAAGCACUUAAUACCACAGACAGCUCCUCGCCUCCAAGCCUGGCAGAUGGGAUAGACACCAGUGGAGGAGGAGGCAUCCACGUCAUCAGCAGAGACCAGUCCACACCCAUUAUUGAGGUCGAAGGCCCCCUCCUUUCAGAUACUCACGUAACAUUUAAGCUCACGAUGCCCAGCCCAAUGCCAGAGUACCUCAACGUGCACUACAUCUGUGAGUCUGCGUCCCGCCUGCUUUUCCUCUCCAUGCACUGGGCCAGGUCAAUCCCAGCCUUUCAGGCACUUGGGCAGGACUGCAACACCAGCCUGGUGCGGGCCUGCUGGAAUGAGCUCUUCACCCUCGGCUUGGCCCAGUGUGCCCAGGUCAUGAGUCUCUCCACCAUCCUGGCGGCCAUUGUCAACCACCUGCAGAACAGUAUCCAGGAAGAUAAACUUUCUGGCGACCGGAUAAAGCAAGUCAUGGAGCACAUCUGGAAGCUUCAAGAGUUCUGUAACAGUAUGGCGAAGCUGGAUAUAGACGGCUAUGAGUAUGCAUACCUUAAAGCUAUAGUUCUCUUUAGCCCCGAUCAUCCAGGUUUGACUAGCACAAGCCAGAUUGAAAAAUUCCAAGAAAAGGCACAGAUGGAGCUGCAGGACUAUGUUCAGAAAACCUACUCGGAGGACACCUACCGAUUGGCCCGGAUUCUCGUCCGCCUGCCAGCACUCAGGCUGAUGAGCUCCAACAUAACAGAAGAACUUUUUUUUACUGGUCUCAUUGGCAAUGUUUCGAUAGACAGCAUAAUCCCCUACAUCCUCAAGAUGGAGACAGCAGAAUAUAAUGGCCAGAUCACCGGAGCCAGUCUAUAGUGCACACCACACACCUGUCAAGGAGCAAAAGGAUCCUCCCAGGACCGCUCACAUACAAAGAAAAUAAAGUAGUGGUAUUUUGGUAUGUGCAAAUAUUUCCAGUAUGUUAGCCAUUUCCCACCUGGUUUCUUCUUAUCUGUUAAUCCUAGACAGUAACAACUAAAAGACUAGUAGGAUCCUUUCCUGCCAUAAGAAAUGUUUUAAUGCCUUUUGAUGAAGCAGAUUUUGGAACAAUCUUUUAACUCAAUUUGUAUUUAGAAAUUCUCAAAGGGCAAAAAACUAAAAGUUUUAUAAUGUCAGAGACUAGUAUUAAAGAAAACUAAAAGAACCUAAGAGAACAGUAUGUGUGUAUAUAUAUUAAAAAUGUCCUUGGAAUUAAUAGCUACUAAUUACCAGGGUAAUAAUAUUAGCACUUUCUAAGCACUUCUUAUCAAUGCGUAAUGUUAGCAACAUCUUGCCUAUGGGCAGCGCAAGUGUAAAACUGUGUAUGUCUUGCCGAGAUGCUAUGAUUUCUGUGAAAACGCACUAGGGUACAGGAGACAAUCAUUUAUGUUUAAGAAAAGGCAUCAUUCCUAAUUGUAUGCACACUGGUGGUGUUGAGCUAAAUUCCUCUGAAUGAAUGAAAACGUGGCCUAUCUGUAUCAUGCAGUUAAGUGGGAGUGUGGUAGUACAAUCCGUGGUGACCCAAACCAGAAGCUUUCUCAGCCAUAGAGUUGAUGCUUGUCAGGUUCCCUGACCUCUGGUCCUGGUCUGUGAGGGGCAUCUGCAGGCUCCUCUAAACGUGGGGCUCUCUUCUGAUGCCUGGUUCUCAGAAUUGGAUUGCAAGCAGUCAGACAUCAACUGCCAAUUCCUGCAGCAACUGAAAACAUCCCCACACCACCUCUGCCACUCAUGGCCCAUGGAGCCUUCUGACCAAAAAAUGCAAGGUGGGCAUUUUGAACCCUUGACACUACUUCCUGAAUAGAAUUUGGGGCGGCUGCACAUUGUUCAGAUGGGGGAGUGUGAAGAUUCCCUUCUCAGGGGUUUCCAUUCCAAAUGCCCCCUUGAGAAGGGCUUGUAUUCCUGCAGUUCGGUCAGAACUGUGCAGUGAGGUGGAGUGGGACAGGCAGGAUCUUGCUGCCGGGCCAGGGUUGUGGUAGUGAAGCUGAAUGGAAGGUUUCUCUGUUGACCUUAAAUAUCGGGGUUUUUCAGAACGUCUCCAGACUCAGCUUCUCUGUUGGCUGAGCCUUUCAGUGGUACUAGCACACCGUGCACUUUGAUUCCCCUAGGUGUGUGCCAGCAAACCACCCCUGGAGCAUUUUAGAUGAUGGAUGCAGAAGCAGGCUGCCUGCUCCUUAGAAAACAACCUUUAAUUCCCAAAGUUGUCUUCUUUCUCCUUAUAAGCUAUAGC